UGUUUGACACAUUGCAACACUGCUUUAAUUGGAUUGCAUUUGCACAGCUAAAAACAUACAGCAAUGCCAACAAAUGCCCACAAAUACAGCAUUUUGCUGCCCACCUACAAUGAAAAGGACAAUUUACCUAUUAUAAUAUGGCUGAUUGUCAAAUACAUGAAAGCCAGCGGCUACGAGUACGAGGUGAUUGUGAUAGACGAUGGCAGUCCGGACGGAACAUUGGAUGUGGCCAAGGAUCUGCAGGGCAUCUACGGCGAGGAUAGGAUUAUCCUCCGGCCACGCGCCUCCAAGCUGGGCUUGGGUACAGCCUACAUUCAUGGGAUCAAACAUGCCACCGGAGAUUUUAUAAUUAUCAUCGAUGCGGACUUGAGUCAUCAUCCCAAGUUUAUACCGGAGUUCAUCGAGCUGCAACAGAAGGGCGACUAUGACAUUGUUUCGGGCACGCGGUAUGCCGGAGACGGCGGUGUCUAUGGCUGGGACUUCAAGCGCAAGCUAAUCUCACGCGGCGCCAAUUACCUCUCGCAGGUCCUGCUGCGCCCCAAUGCCAGUGACCUGACCGGCUCGUUUCGUCUCUACAAAAAGGAUGUGCUCGAGAAGUGCAUCGCCAGCUGUGUGUCCAAGGGCUAUGUCUUUCAAAUGGAAAUGUUGGUGCGAGCGCGCCAGCACGGCUAUACCAUUGCCGAGGUGCCCAUCACAUUCGUCGAUCGCAUCUACGGUACAUCCAAGCUGGGCGGCACCGAGAUCGUUCAAUUUGCCAAGAAUCUGCUGUAUCUAUUCGCUACCACAUAAACCGAACCAAC